GAGUAACUCUAAAUGAAACAAAUCUGAAAACGCAGAAGACUCGAAAACCACAACAAACAAACAAACAAAAUUGAAACUGCAGACAACACGUAGUGCAUUGGCUCGACUUUCAGUUCAAUUCACCAAACAGUGAUAGAUCUAAUCUGAAGUUAUAGUUUACAGAAGCAGACAAGUCUGACAUAGGUGAAAUUUAAAAAUGGCAGCUGCUGAAAGUAAUCCUGAUCCUGUUCCAAUGCCAGCAGGACCAAAGACAAGAUAUGACUGGUAUCAGACCCAUACUCAUGUUGUUGUUACUAUUUUAAUCAAGAAUGUUCAACAAGAAGAUGCACAGAUUAAUAUUUCUGAGAGAAAUUUAAGUGUAACGAUAAAAUUACCAACUGGGAGUGACUAUAAUUUAGACUUGGAUCUGGCCCAUGUCAUCGCACCAGAACAAAGCAGCUAUAAAAUUAUGUCUACAAAGAUUGAAAUUAAAUUAAAGAAAGGAGAAGGUUUACAGUGGACUAAAUUAGAGGGUGAUGGAAAGGAAGAUGAUAAUAUUAAACAAUUUACGCCACCAACUUAUCCAACAUCUGGUAAGAAAAAAGAUUGGGACAAGAUAUCUAAAGAGGUAGCAGAAGAAGAGAAAAAUGAAAAACCAGAAGGAGAUGCAGCAUUAAAUUCCCUUUUCCAACAAAUUUAUGCUGAUGGAACUGAUGAAGUUAAAAAAGCCAUGAUGAAAUCUUUUAGUGAAUCUGGCGGAACUGUUCUCAGCACAAACUGGUCAGAAAUCGGCAAUAAAAAAACUGAAGUCAAACCGCCUGAUGGUAUGGAAUAUAGAAAAUGGUGAAGAAACAAAUAGAAAUUGAGAAAAAAGUUUUAAUCAUAAAAAUGUGACAAAAGACGCAAUGAGUUUGUGAGAAUUGUUGGUGCAUCCAGAAUUUAUUAACGUUUAUUACACCAGAUUGAUCAGACCGAGUAAAAGUUUAUUAAUUGGAUUGUUUAUUAUUCAAAUUGUAUCAACUGUGGCAAUAGAGUUAUUUCCCUAAGACCUGUGUUUCAGAUAAAAAGGGGAAUAAUUCUAUUUAAACAGUUCCACCAUCUUGAUUCUGCAUGGAUAUGUAAAGAAUCUGAUAAUUCACUCGGCAAACCUCGGCAGAUUCCGUUACUCUACAUCUAGCCUCGGCUGUAUGACGGUAAGUGAUAUGUACCUACGCCUAUACAAUUGCGAUGCGGCACCGGUUUACUUAUUAGGGAAAAUCUUUUAGAAAGAAGUUAUCAAAAUUGCGGCGUUCGAAGCGUGUGUAGAAUUUGAAUUUUCAGUGCAAAGUUGUCCUUGUUUGAAGAAAAUCGGAUAAACUUCAGACUUUGAAAUAUUUGUAUGAUAAAACAUUCUUUAAAGGCGCUGUCAUGGGCAACGCCGUUGGUAAUCCAGGAACUUUAAAGUAGUUCCAAUGGCUGACUUCGUCAUACAGCCAAGGCUAGAUGUAGGGUACUGGAAUCUGCUGAGGUUUGCCGAGUGUCUGAUAAUUAAGACCUAUGUUUCAGUUAAAAAGGGGAAUAAUUCUAUUUAAACAGAUUCUGUAGUUAAGAUAGUUGAAUUUAAUUGCCAUAUGAAUAUUAUACCAAUACUGCUGCUUGACAUCAUCAUAAUCAGAUAAAGAUAUGUUAUACACUUGGUCACUGCUAUAACAGGGGUUUUAAACCUUUUUACCCUGAGGUGCUAGCACUAUAUGCUUCUCAUCUUCUUCUAUUCUUCUUCUCAUUUUGUGGCCAGUUUAUUUGUCACCAGAAUCUACUUUGCAUGCCCACAACUUGUCAAAGCACACUGGAGGUUGUUCUAGAUAUAGUCAAAUUUGUUCAAUAAAUGGACCCCUCAGAACAUUAUGCAAAUCUCUGAGGACUUUACAUGUAUCUGCAUUUUUUCUGUUCUGUCUGAUUUCAUGCAUGCCUUAAAUUAUUACCAUACAAUAAAAUCAUCUGUUCCUACUCUUUAUUUUUAUCUGAAGAACAGAACUGAAUGUGGAAGCAGCUAGGUGGCAUGUAACAAAUGUGUGACUGAAUACUGAAUUUUUCACGGGCCCACUUUCUCCUUGGAUCAACCGCAAAUUUUUUAAAAGUGUGCUAAUAGGUCUGUGGACUCUAGGUUGGACAUGUUUAAUAUAUGAUGGGAGUCAGAAGAAGCCUCCUCUGAUAGUGUGAAAAGUGUGUGUGUGAAAUAGCUUUAUUUAAGGUCCGCUUCCACAGACGUGAUAUCGCAGACAAAUGUUAAUAGCCUCCCCUGGUAGUGUUAUAGUGAACCCUUGUCUAUAACAUAUAACUUUAUUGCUGGUAUUUGUGUAUUAAUCAACCAAAUCAUUCAAAAAUUUAUUGUUUUAAUUAAAAAUAGAUAUGGACUAUUGUAAAAACGUUUUCAUUUGUGUUUUAAAAUGUCUCAGUUGUUUAUCUCUGUUAUUAAAGGAAUUGAUAUCAACUGGUAGACAACUGAGCCAUUUCUAUUAUUGAAAUAAAAAUGUUAUUGCCCCAGACAACCCCAAUAUCAUUCAUUUCCCUUUAAGUGUUUGUUUGUAUUUUCAAUGAAAAAAUGUAGAAAUAAAUAUCAUUAUUUAUCAUAUUA